AUGGCUUUUCUCUCACAGCCGCAUGCAGGUAAUUAAACGUCCUGACCCCAGCGCGUGAAAUCUCUGACAAUGCGCGCUGUUUUAUAGAAAACAGCUGAUUAAAUGCAUUUAAAGACAACGGUCGAGCCUUGGAUAGGCAGCAGGCCUGGGAGGAAAGGCACAGCAGGUCGUUUCUCAUUUUUGGCUGGGAAUUGCAUUCUGCAGAACAGUUUCUCUCAGCUAAUAAAUAAGCUAAAAUGGGCUGUUUGAGUUAACUGUCAUGUGUUGGGUUUGGGUCUGCCCAAGCAUAAUUUAGAUUUAGCUUUGUGAUUAUUCAUCAGUGCUACUUUCUCUAUGUUUGGAGUUUCUAUAUGUUGGAGUGAGUAUGUCGGUUUUGACUUGGUCUGUGUUUUGGUGUUGAAAUGUGCUUGAAUGAGUUGUGUGUGUGUGUGUGCGCGCGCGUGUUGUGGCCAUCGCCGUUACUGUUGUUGUGAUGCUGACGGUCUUGUGAUGACUGAGUGUACCCUCGCCUUAUGCACCAGGCCCAGUUUCAGCUGCUCGCCAAACGGCUGACUGUGGAGUUUGUUUGUUCUGACGAAAGAAACGGAUAGGGCCACAGAACAAUAGCACAGAAACAGACAACAGGGGACGUCAAAAGGCCAAGCCUGAGCAGGACACCCCAAGCUGCGAGACGUACAAGAGAGAGAGAGGGAGAGAGUGAUCUGGACGAGGUGGGCUCAGUACGGAAAAAAGAACAGCUCAGUUCAACGCAAAAAAGAGCACCUCCGAGCACCUCCGCGUGUUUCCCUGUUGACUGGAGUCCUCCUCCUCCUCCUCCUCCUCCUCCUCUUCUAUUUCUCCGCUGACUGAACGUCACUUACACCAGCAGGAAGCACGAGCGCCUACUGCGCCUUCACGCGCCGCUGCCCCUCCGUGCUUUAAGUAUUCCUGCAAUAUUAGGAGUCAUGAAUAACAAUUAUUCCGGGGAGGUAUACUGAGGCAAAGACACGGCGCGCGCACACUCACUCACUCUGGCAACGGAGGAAGAGGACUGAUUCGGUAGGCUCGAGACGAUAUCUGCCAGGAUUGCCGCUGCAGAAAGUGACUUUUUAAUGAAUGCCUUUUUCAUGAAGUUAUUACCUUCCGUUACUAUGAGGAGCUAAAAGCGAAGAACGGGAUUCUCCAACAAUUUUCUGACCGAUCUCAACAAUCUGAGCGUGUGCCUGUUUGUUUGUGCGUGUGUGUAUGUGUGUUUUUUGGCUGAACAGAACCCCUCGCACAGAUGUUAGUCCAUACGUACUCAGCAACGGACCGUCACGACGGUGUAUCGAGCCACAGCUCCAGACUGUCCCAGCUGGGCUCGGUGUCGCAGGGACCCUACUCCAGCGCGCCCCCGUUGUCUCACACACCCUCCUCGGACUUCCAGCCACCUUAUUUCCCGCCGCCCUACCAGCCCCUUCCGUACCACCAGAGUCAGGACCCGUACUCGCACGUGAAUGACCCGUACUCACUCAACGCGCUGCACCAGCCUCAGCAGCACCCAUGGGGCUCGCGCCAGCGGCAGGAGGUGGGCGGGGAAAGCGGCUCACUCUUACCCCAGCCUCGCGCCUCCCUGCCGCAACUCUCCGGGCUUGACCCACGGCGGGACUACUCGUCGGUGCGCCGGCCGGAUGUGCUGCUCCACUCCGCGCACCAUGGCCUCGAGGCCGGGAUGGGAGACAGCCUGUCGCUGCACGGGCUCGCGCAUGGAAUGGAGGACGUGCAGACUAUCGAGGAUGCCAACAACAGCGGGAUGAACUUACUGGACCAAUCUGUCAUUAAGAAAGUUUCACCUCAGAUGUACCAACGUAUAGUGGGCAUCAUGACCGGCACAGCAUAUCCUCUCUCGCGCGCAGUUCCAGUUCCGCACAAGAGCGUGGCGUCUCUGAUGAUGAGCAAGGAUGGCCUUAUCGGCGGCUUGAACCUCAACGUCAACGAGGUAUUCUGCUCUGUACCGGGACGCCUGUCGCUACUCAGCUCAACUUCCAAGUACAAGGUGACCGUGGGCGAAGUCCAGCGGCGCCUCUCCCCGCCCGAGUGCCUCAAUGCUUCGCUGCUGGGCGGCGUGCUCCGAAGAGCUAAGUCAAAAAAUGGAGGCAGAUCCCUCAGAGAAAAGCUGGAGAAAAUCGGCCUGAAUUUACCUGCUGGAAGACGCAAAGCUGCGAAUGUCACUUUAUUGACUUCAUUAGUUGAAGGGGAAGCAGUUCAUUUAGCACGGGACUUCGGCUACAUCUGUGAAACGGAGUUUCCCACCAAAGCCGUAUCUGAAUACCUGAAUAGACAACACACUGAUCCCAACGAGCUCCACUCGCGGAAGAACAUGCUUCUGGCUACAAAGCAGCUCUGUAAGGAGUUCACCGACCUCCUGUCGCAGGACCGGACACCGUUGGGCAACUCCCGGCCGAGCCCCAUCCUGGAGCCGGGCAUCCAGAGCUGCCUGUCCCACUUCAGCCUCAUCACGCACGGCUUCGGCUCGCCAGCCAUCUGCGCCGCCCUCACCAGCCUCCAGAACUACCUGAGCGAGGCGCUCAAAGGACUGGACAAGAUGUUCCUCAACAACCCUGCAGCCAAUCGUCAUGGAGGAGGCGGAGGCGGUGGCGACAGCAUCUCCAAAAGCGGCGACAAAGAGGAGAAGCAGAGGAAAUAGGAGAUUUACAAAAAAAAAAAAAACAACAACAAAAAAAAAGAAAUGAGAGAAAGAAGAAAAAACAAGAAAAUCAGAAGAGAAA